AUGCCGCGCUCGUCCAACGCGUCGCGGCUCGACCUCGAGUCCCGUGGCGGCGGCGAUCGCGCCUCCUCCCCCCAGAGCGCGAAGACGACGUCGUCGACGUCGUCGCGCGCUUCGCCUCGGGAGCCGCGCCCGCGCCUCUCUCGCGCGUCGUGGUCGUCGUCGUCGUCCGCGACGACCCCUCCGUCGCUCGUCUCCAUCGACGACGUCUCCAUCUUGGACGCGUCGCCGAUGUCGCCGCACCCGCUGUCGCCGCGACGAAAGAGGAAGCGCGCGCCUCCGUCGCAUUCGCCGCCCUCCGCCGCGUCGCCGUCGCGGCGCGCCGUCGGCGGCGAGCUCGCCAAGUUCCGCGCGGUCCUCGCGAAGAACUGGACGCUGAAGACCAGAGGCGCGAGCUUCUUCUGCUUCCUCCUCGAACUCCUCGUGCCCAUCGCGUUCGUCGGUCUGAUGUGCCUCCCGAGGGCGCUCAUAUCCGACGAGUCGCACGGCGUGGCGUUCCACCGCCCGAACCCGAUCCAGAGCCUCGCGUGGAGCGGCGUCGCCCCGGGCGGCGGAUCCGGCGCGUAUAAAGUCGUCUACGCGCCGAACGUCACGAGGUAUCACCGCGCGACCGCGGAGGCGGCGGCGAUCGACCUCGUGUGCGGCCCUCCGUUCGCGGUCGACGAGGGCGAAGGCGGCGGGGGCAGCGGCGGCGGGAGCGGCGCGUUCGUUCCGAGUUUCAUGCAGCAGGUCGCGCUCGCCGCGGCCGUGGAGGUGGACGCCGCGGCGCUGACGAAUGAGUUUUCAAUCGGCGGCGGCGGCGGCGAAUCGGCCGGGUCGCCGCUCGACGCCGCGUUCGCGACGUGCCAGCGCGACCCGUCCUCGUGCGUGGACGCCGCGGCCGGGUUCUUGAAGCCCCGGGAGAACGGUAUGCCUCUGGACUCGCCGCUGUUGUUUCCGCCCGCGCUUCUGCGCGCGACGCUGUGCUCGGUCGGGUGCGUGAACGCGCCGAGCUGUUACCGCCCGGUGAUUGAGACUUUUUUGGUCGGCGCCGUCGACGAGACGGAAGCGAUUCGCAUCGCGUCCGCCGCGGCGUCGAGCGACGCCGACCCGGGCGUCUUGGGCGUCGUGAUCCUCCCGAACGAUCUGUCCCCGAUCUCGCGCGAUAUCACGUACAGCGUGCGCGUGAACGCGACGGACGUCCCCACCGGGGACGAGGGCGCGCGGUGGGCGAGCGAAAAGUUUGAACGCUGGGUCGUCGGCGAGAGCGCGAAGUGGAAGAAGUACUACGCGUUCGCGAACCUCCAGCGGUCGUUCGAUCAGUCCCUCAUGCGCGUGUCGCUCGUCGACGCGUCGACGACCGGCGCCGCGGAAGACAUCGCCGUCGGGGCGCUGCCGCCGGUGUCCUUGCUCACCGCCGUGAAGGCGUUUCCGUUCCCGGAGUAUUCCACCAACUUGGGGUCGACGUUCGCGGCGGUGUUUUUCGGCCUCGUGUUCGUGUUCACGUUCGUGACGACGGUCAUAACGACCGUGAAGGGCAUCGUCGUCGAGAAGGAGCUGCGCAUACGCGAAGGGAUGAAGAUAAUGGGCCUCGGCGACGUCGUGUAUUGGAGCAGCUGGUCCGUGACAUCGUACGGGGGUUUACUCGUCGUCUCCGCGCUCGUCGCGCUCGUCGGCGUGUACCCGUUUCAGCACACGGACUGGACGGUAACGUUCGCGUUCUUGGCGUUAUGGACCGCGCAGCUCGUGACGUUCUCGUUCACUCUGAGCGCGUUCUUCAGCAGCGGCAAGAUCGCCGCGAUCGCGAGCGCGCUGCUCUACGUCCUGACCUGGGUCCCCGGCGUCGCCGCCGUGGCGUCCGCGCCGAACGGGACGACGUCGUGGCUCUUGUCGUGCGUCAUGAUGCCCGCGUCUGGGAUUUACAUGUGGGGAUGGGCGGUGUCGAUUCUCGAGAACGCGCAAGAGGGCGUGCGUUGGGACAACAUCCACGUGAAUUUACUCGACGGCGACGAGUACACUGGCGAGAAGAGCGGCGUGUUCGGCACCGGGUUGAUCAUGCUCGCGACGCUCCUCAACUUCGUUCUGUACGGCGUCCUCGCGAUGUAUCUGGAUAAGGUCGUGCCCGGGUCGUACGGACGCGCGGAGAGCCUCUUGUUCUUCGCGAAGCCGUCAUACUGGCGCCGCCGCCGCGGCGCGACGCCGCGCGCGACAGACGCGGCGACCAUCGCGGACGACGCCGAGCCCGACGCGGCGACGCUCCCCGGCGGCGUCGAGCCGGAAUCGAACGCGUCGUCGAGCGUCCCGGUCGCGAUCAAAGCGGUGAACCUUCGCAAGAUGUUCGGGUCGACCGUCGCGAUCGACGGUCUCAGGUUCACCGCGCGCGCGGGUCAGAUCACGUCCCUGCUCGGGCACAACGGCGCGGGGAAGACGACGACGAUCUCGGUGUUCACGGGGAUGAUCGCGCAAGACGCGGGGGACGCGUUCGUAAACGGUCUGAACGUCGCGACGGACGUUCGAUCGAUCCGCGGCGACCUCGGCGUGUGCCCGCAGUUCGACGUGCUGUGGCCGACGCUCACGGUGCGCGAGCACUUGGUUCUGUACGCGCGGAUACGAGGCGUGCGCGCGCGCGAGAUCCCGGGCGAGGUCAGCGCGAAGAUCGACGCCGUCGGUUUGACGCCGAAAGCGGACGCGCAAGCGGGGACGCUGUCCGGGGGGCAAAAGCGCAAGCUCUCCGUCGCGAUCGCGUUCAUAGGAAACCCAUCCGUGGUCAUCCUGGACGAGCCCACGAGCGGCAUGGACCCGAAGAGCCGCCGCGCGACGUGGGAGGUGAUCCAGGGCUUCAAGCGCAUUCGAGGAACGUCGAUCCUGCUCACCACGCACUUCAUGGACGAGGCGGACGUCUUGAGCGAUCGCGUCGCCAUCAUGUCCAGCGGUAAGCUCGCGUGCGUCGGGUCUCCGCUGUUCCUCAAGACGAAGUUCGGGACCGGCUACACGCUCACGGCGUCGCUGAAGCCGGACGCGAACGUCGACGAGGUCGCGAAGCUCGUGACCGACGGCGUUAAAGGCGCGCGGUUUCUGUCGCGCUCGAACGCCGCGGCGACGUUCGCGCUGCCCGCGCGAGAGCGCGGAUCGUUCGCGAAGAUGCUGUCGUCGUUGGAGAAUAAGCGAGAUGCGCUGCGCGUGGACACCGUCGGCGUGAGCUGCUCGACGCUCGAGGAGGUUUUCCUGAACGUCGCGGAGCUCCACGACGCGACGGACGACGCGGGCGAAGGCUCGGGGCGCGAAUCGCGCGUCGCGUCGCCGGCGCUGGCGCCGGCGCCUUCGGCGACGUCGUCGCCGUCCUCCGCGCUCGCGCCGCCGCCGCGCGCGGUCGAGAACCCGGAGUCGUCGUCGAGCGUCGCGUCUACGCCGCCGCUCGUGCACGGGCUCGCGCUGACGUGCGCGCAGUACAGAGCCGUCCUCGUGAAGCGCCUGACGCACGCGCGGCGGGAUAAGCUCUCGCACGUCACCAUGUACCUCGUCCCGUUGCUCUUCGUCGUCUUGGGACUGGUCGUGUCGAAGAUCAGCGCGGACGCGGCGAGAGACCCGCCGCCCGCUGUGAUGAACGACGCGUCGUUCGUGGGCGAUCUUCCGCUCGCGUUCGCGACCGCCGCGGGCGCGAGCGUCGCGAAGAGAAUCCUCGCGAGCGCGUCGAACGCGCGGACGUUGCGCGCGUUCGAAGAGAACGAAAUCGCGGAGAUCGAAACCGUGAACGCGACGUGGCACUGCUGGAACGCCUCCGCCGUCCUCGAUUCCUGCGAACCCGCCGUGGAGGCGUGCGAUCAGUGCACGCCGCUCGACGACGCCGGCGCCACGCUCGACGGCUUCUUGCUCGAGAACUCCGUCUCCGCGCGGAGCUCGUGCGUCGGCGGCGCGCACGCGUUCCCGACGUGCGCGGGUCUCUUCGCCGGCGCCGCGACCGGGACGUUGCGUCUGUCCGAAUCUUCGAGGGUGUUCAACUACACGAUCGCGGUGUCGUCCACGGCGUUCCACGCGCUGCCGUCGACGAUGGCGUCCGCGCACGACGCGUUCUUCGCGGCUCUGCACGCGACGAACGCGAGCGGCGUCGCGGCGGCGUCGAUGACGACGAUCAACCAUCCGCUGCCGACGACGCCGGAGAAGAAAGCCGAGCAGGCGAUGUUGAUGCAGCUCAACGUGAGUCUGUGCGUGAUCAUGGGCCUCGCGUGUUUGUCCGCGUCCGUCGCGGUGUUUCUCGUGUGGGAACGCGCGUCCGCGUCGAAGCACUUGCAGACCGUGAGCGGUCUGCACCGCGGCGUGUUUUGGGCGGGGACGUACACGUGGGACCUUCUCGCGUGUUUCCCGCCGAUUCUUUUGAUUUUCCUCGCGUUCGCCGCGUCCGGCCUCGACGCGUACGACGGCGACGCGCUCGCCGUGAUCGCGGUCGCGCUCGUGUUGUUCAUCACGUCCGCGAUACCGUUGGCGUACAUCUUCCACUGGCCGUUCGAGAACAACAUGGCCGCGCUCGCGGCGCAGAUGGGGACGUAUUUCUUCUUCGGCGUCGCGCAGCUCAUCGCCGGCGUCGUCCUCGCCGGCCUCGCCGCCGCGGGCGUCGCCACCGCGACGCGCGUCUGGGCCGCGUUGGAAGUUAUCUUUCGGUGGCUGCCGCACUACUGCGUCGGCCGCGCGCUGUUCACGCUGUCCGGCGAGAGCAUCGCCCCCGGGUCCGAGCCCGGCGCCGCCGCGAAGUCGCCGUGGAGCGACGACGUCGCCGGCGGGGAGCUGAAAGCGAUGGCGUGCGCGACGGUCGUCUACGGCGCGCUCGUCGUCGCGAUCGAAUACGGCGCGUUCAGAGGGAGCGCGUGGAGGGGCGCGGUCGGACGCGCGCGCGAACUGUUGCACGGCGGGCGGGCCGCGGCGCCGCCCGAGCAAUACGACGACGACGACGACGACGACCCGGACGAAGACGAGGGCGUCAGGGCGGAGCGACGCGUCGCGCUCGCGCCGGACGCGCCGCGGACGCAUUCGCUCACGACGCGACGGCUCGAGAAGCGGUACCCAAAGCGCGGCGGCGGGCACGUGCGCGCGGUGAACGGCGUCUCUUUCGCCGUGCGCGAGGGCGAGUGCUUCGGCCUCCUCGGCGUGAACGGCGCGGGGAAAACGAGCACGUUUAAGAUGCUCUCGGGGCACUUCCCGCCGAGCGCCGGGGACGCGAUCGUCACGCCGCGGCCGAGCCAGAGCGUCGCGGCGUCCUCGCCCGCCGCCGCCGCCGCCGCCGCCGCCGCGCCGCCGAGCGAGAGCUUCAGCAUCCUCACCCAGCUCGCGCGCGUGCGACAGCACGUCGGGUAUUGCCCGCAGUACGACGCUCUGCAAGGGACGAUGACCGCGAGGGAGCACCUCGCGUUCUUCGGGACGCUGCGCGGGUUAUCCCGCGCCGCCGCGAACGACGCCGCGUCGGCGCUCAUCCGACGCCUCGGGUUGGAAAAAUACGCCGACGUCCCCGCCGCGGGAUACAGCGGCGGCACGAAGCGGAAGCUCUCCGUCGCGAUCGCGCUCGUGGGCGACCCCGCGGUCGUUCUCCUGGACGAGCCGAGCACGGGGAUGGACCCGAAGUCGCGGCGGCGGCUGUGGCGCGCGCUCGCGACGGCGUCGCGCGGUCGGUGUCUCGUCCUCACGUCGCACAGCAUGGAAGAGUGCGAGGCGCUGUGCGCGCGCGUCGGGAUCAUGGUCGCGGGGAAGAUGCGAUGUUUGGGCGACGUCCAGGCGCUGAAGAGCGCGUACGGCGAGGGGUACACGUUAGAUCUGAGGGUACCGAAUGUUGCUGACGUGGCGCGCGUCCGACGGCACGUCGAGCGGGAGAUUCCCGGCGCGCGCGAGACGGAGGCGCACGCGUCUCGGGUGCGGUACCGCCUGCCGUCCAUGGCGCUCGCGCGAGGGGGGAAGGCCUCCGUCGCCGGCGCGUUCGCGUCGUUGGAGGGGACCAAGACGCGGCUCGGGAUCGAGGACUACCAGCUCGGGCAGACGACGCUCGAGGAGGUGUUCCUGCGGUUCGCGGAGGAAGCCGCGGACGCGGACGACGACUGA